GCAAAGUGCCACUCGGCGCUGCCUCGUGUUUGUCAGCUCGCUCCUGCUGCGGUGGAAAUAAUGCGGGAUAUGAAAUGAUCACAGCUGAUCUGAUGCUUAAAAACACACCGUGCGUGAUCAGCCAAGUCCAGUGUGGGGUUAAGGGUCCUUUAAAGGGUCUAUGAGGUGGCCCACUGUCACAGUUUUACUCUGCUUUCGCGUCUUUGUGCAGAUAUUUCCAAAAAUCUAUGUCGCAUUUAUCUUAAUUAUAUGUAGGCCCUAUGUAUACCUUAUGACAAAUAUAUUCAUGCAUGAGUGUUAAGGCAAAAAUGAUUCCCCAUUCUGGGGUCAGCAGGGGCCUAAUGGGGCGUGACAGCUCUCUGUUUCCGAUCAUGUUUGUGCGUCAGAGCUGCAAAAUUGUGAAUUAUCAAAAGUGGUGUGUAGCUGCUCAGCACGUCUUUGAGGGAAAGAGAGAAGGAGGGAGAGCUAUUACACAUCAGCACGACAGGAUAGAGAGAGUGUGUAUGUGUGUGUGUGUGUGUGGGAGUGUGUGUGACACAGAGAGAGGGAGGGAGGGAGACAGAGAGAGGUGCCAUGUGCUUCCUGUCUACACGCCAUUCACCUCCCCGGGAUCCAGCGGGAUGGAGGUCCUGUCUGCUGCUGCACUCAGAUAAACUGAAAUAAAGACUCCGACUCAGAGUUCCUGCUGUCAGACCGUUUUGUCUGUGGCAUCAUCAUUCUCUGGACUCACCGGGCCUGCAUUUAUAUCACUUUAUUCAUAUUAAUUAUAUUUUAUUUUUCAUCCCAAACCCUGUUGGAGUGAGUCGUCUUUUAAGGAGAGAAAGGCUUCCAGGGAUGGAGUCGAUGCCCGGACAGCUUCGAGACGCGGGACGAGACGCCAGCUCUUCCCCCAGCUUAAAGCAGGACGCACCGAGCUUCUCCGGCCCCAGCUCCCUCAAACCAAACCAAGUGAGUGAGACCUCCUUGUACGGGGUGCCCAUCGUAUGUCUGGUCAUAGACGGUAAGGAGAGACUGUGCCUGGCGCAGAUUUCUAACACCCUGCUGAAAAACUACAGCUACAACGAGAUACACAACCGUCGGGUCGCUUUGGGCAUCACCUGUGUGCAGUGCACCCCCGUCCAGCUGGAGCUCCUGCGGCGCGCCGGGGCCAUGCCCAUCUCCUCCAGGCGCUGCGGCAUGAUCACCAAACGGGAGGCCGAGAGGCUCUGCAAGUCCUUCCUGGGAGCGCACAGCCCCCCAAAGCUCCCGGAAAAUUUCGCAUUUGACGUGUCUCAUGAAUGCGCCUGGGGCUCCAGAGGCAGCUUCAUCCCCGCCAGAUACAACAGCUCCAGAGCCAAGUGCAUCAAGUGCAGCUUUUGUAACAUGUAUUUCUCCCCGAAUAAAUUCAUUUUCCACUCUCACCGCACCGCAGAGUCCAAGUAUCUGCAGCCGGACGCGGCCAACUUCAACUCGUGGAGACGCCACCUGAAACUGACGGAUAAAAAACAGUCUGAGGACAUUCACCACGCGUGGGAGGAUGUAAAGGCCAUGUUCAACGGGGGGAGCAGAAAGAGGACUCUGCCCAUGAACGGGUCAGGGAUGUCCUCGUCGAUGAAAUCACAGGCCUCGUCCUCUUUGGCCCAAACCAGCUCCCCUGAGAUCCCUCAAAAAACUUUACGGUGCGAUGAGGAUCAGGGAAAUAAUAACCUGAGUUUGGCGAGCGGCGCACGGACCUACCCAGUCAUCCCAGUGCCCAGCAAGAACUUUGGCAUGCUCCAGAAAAUCCCCCCACCUCUGUUCCCCCACCACCCCUACGGCUUCCCCAGCUAUGGGCUGUGUCAGAAAAAGAGCGAUGGUGUGCCUGACGCGAACAAAACCAAUGUCUCGGGUGUGUUUUGGCCUGGCGCAAAGGACGCCCUCUACCCUGCUUUCCCCAUGUUCUGGCCUACAGCUGGCGGCCUACCAAUGCCACCCUACCCGGGGUCUCCACCAAAACCUCUUCCAGAGCUGCCAGGCGUCCGGCAGGCAGAGCUCGACUUAUCGGACCAAAGCGACCGGGGCGCAAACACACCCAAAGACACCAACCACCACCCUCACCACCAGCAGGACGGCGGAGAGCGCUGCUCCAGCUCCCAGUCCUCCUCCACCAGGAACGACGAGGACAAGUCCGGGGACGAGACCCCUCAGAGGAAAAUCAGCUACAUCUCAGCCUUCAGACCCGUCGUCAAAGACGCGGAGACCAUCGCCAAACUCUACGGCAACCGGGACAGCUACGGCGUGCGCCCUGGCUACCUGUCCCCGGAUUUUAUCAGCGAGAGCUCCAGUUAUAGGUCGAUAUCACCGGACAGGGACAGCGUGGUGGACGACGACGACGAUGACCCGGACGUGGAUGUGGAGUCCAACCGGGGACAAGACGAGGAGGAGCCGAUUCAGAUCUCACCGGGAGGAGACCACCACGGCUCCCCAGUGCCGGACCAGGUCUCCUCGGCUGCUGAGGAGAGACAAGAGCAGCCUGAUGCCUCCAGCCCCGCAGCAGCAGCAGCAGCAGCAGCAGCAGCAGCGUCACCGGAGGACACCGUGCACACUGGGUCAUCAGAUGAGGACAGACGGAUGCGUAAUGGCUCUCCUCUUCAUGAAGUGUACGCUCAUGAAAAGGACGGACACGUGCUCCUGAGCGAGCCUCCGACAUCGUUUGGAUCCAAACACUCGAGCAGCCCCCGCAGAUCCAACGGUGUUCACCACGUGUCUGAAAUACAGAGCCAACGCAACGCAACGUACCAGGAGCAGAAGGACAGACAAGCCGAUGGAGCUUUACGCAUCGAUAUCAGCGUGCAUGAAAGGGAUCUGGAGAACAUGGCGAAAGAGGAAUUACAGAAGCAGCUUGUGGAGCAAGUGGAGUUGAGGAAAAAGUUGGAGAGAGAAUUUCAGCAUUUGAAAGAUAAUUUUCAGGAUCAAAUGAAGCGUGAGCUGUCCUACAGAGAGGAAAUGGUCCAGCAGCUGCAGAUUGUUCGAGACACUUUGUGCAGCGAGUUGGACCAAGAGAGAAAGGCUCGUUAUGCAAUACAGCAGAAGCUAAAAGAAGCUCAUGACGCCCUUCACCAUUUCUCCUGCAAGAUGCUCACCCCUCGUCAGUGCACCGGAGCCUGCACCUUCAAACCUCCGCUGCUGCCUCCCUAGUGCCCGGCACGACCCCUGCACCUGACCUCAGCACAGCCAAAAAAAAACAAAAAAAAACACACUCACUGGUCUGCCUCGAGAGCUCUCAUGUGUUCACCUUCCACCUGUAACCCGAGGAUUACCAGCCUGCUGUAUAGAUACACCACUGAUUUUAGCACUUGAGCUAAGACUCGGAGAAGGUUUCGGCAGCGACCUCUCCGCCCUGAAAAACUGAACUCUUGACUUAAAGAGAUCUUAAGUUCAUUUUAUGUUGUGAGUCGAAGGAUUGUUGAUCUGAAGCUGCGAAGCUCAAACCAAGGAGUCUCUCUGAAUCAAAGUCGUCUGCUCUUUAGCUACUCUGAGAAUAAGAAACAACACUAUAUACAUAUACAUAUAUAUAUAUAACACGUGACGAUGUGCAAUGGCUCGUAUAAUUGUGAUAUUAAGUUCAAAAUCUCAUUAUUUAGUUUUUGUUGCUUGUUUGAAUGAGUUUUUACAUUUAUUUGUUUAUUUAUCUUUGGUUUAAUUUAUUGUUUAGAUUAUUUAUAACACUGUAUAUGUUGUUAAGCACUUUAAAUGGGCAACAUUUCUGAAUUUGAUCAUGCCAUCCGAUACCAAAUUCUUUUUAUCAAACAAUACGAGGAUCUUUAUGUUUAAGACAGAGAACAUUCUUAUGAGCACUUACUUAAACAAGCCGGUCAGGUUUCACAUCAAACAAAAGAUUUUCUGUCAAACUUUGAAGUGAUGAUUUAAAGAAAAUAAACUGUCUUGAGCCAUUUAUAGAUUUCAUGUACAGUUGAGACUAUUUUGACACAAAUUUGAUCCCAUAAAUUUCUCUGUUUCAGGGUUUUUUCUAUCAUGACAUGCAUCUGUGAGUCACAACAGACAAAACCAAAACCUUUUCCUGUCAUCUGAAGGUGUUUUUAUAAGACACUGUAUGAGGUGUGUGUUCAAUCUGCCAUUCACACAGCUGCGUUUAUGUUCUCUGUCACAAUCUACCCAUAAUUUUCCCAUUUAUGUAUGUACCCAUGUCAAUAUUAAUAAAAUGUGAAAGCCA